GGGCCUCAUGUACAAAGGCUUGCGUUGAAUUCAUACUAAAACAUUGCGUAGGGGAAAAGCUGUUAAUGUGCGUACGCACCAAAAAAUACAGAUGUAUGAAUCUUUGCGUACGUAGGAUUCCACGUACAUUCUCUUUGUACAUCCCAAUUAACGCAAAAUUGAGCGCACAUGCACGAGCACAUCACCACACCUUUUCUCCUCCCUCAAUUAAAUUAAUAUAAAUAUGGUAAUUAGUCCAAUUCGGCAAAAUAAACCAGCAAGAACAUGGCUAAAGCAAGCAAGAAGCGAAAUUUCACUGAAAAUGAAUUAGAGGUGCUUUUAUCAGAGGUAGAAACCAGAAAAAAUGUUUUAUUUGGAUCUUUGUCCUCUGGCAUAAAUAACAAAAGAAAGAAAAAAGAGUGGGACAGUGUGUCUGAUGCCGUCAACGCGGUGGGAUCUGAGAGUCGCACCGUUAAUGAAUUGAAAAAGAAAUGGUCUGACAUAAAGGUGGAAGUUAAACGGAGAACUGCUGCGCACCGACAAAGUGUGGGCAGAACAGGCGGUGGUACAGGGGCCGAUGAACUUACACCCUUUGAUCAAAGGGUUGCCUCUAUUGUAGGAGACACGUUAAUCUCCGGAAUCGUAUCCGCUGAUGUGGGAGACUCCGAUACUUUACAGGACUGCCAGGAAGGAACCACAGGAACAACAGCAGGAACAUCCACUGGCACGCACUCAGAGUCCGCACCACCCGAGCAGCCAGAGCCCAUUCAGCCCAGCGUCUCCGGUGUCUCUAAUGCUCCCCCCAGUGCUGAAGCCCGUCCAUCUGGCCGUGUCUUGACGAAUGCUGUUCUGGAGUCACAACAGCAAAUUGUUAGGGCCAUUGGGGAAAUUAACAGUCACCUGAAAAAUGUCAGUGACGCACUCACAGAAAUAAGCAAUUCAUUAAAGGAAUUGGUCAAAAAAUAA